AUGGAAACCCGAGCAAUUACUUGAGACAUAAAAGGAUGCGGUUGCAAACCCAUUUGGAAUCAAAUUGGUAUGGAUGGGACCAGAAGGUUUUGUAUCUGGCAUUGAGAUUUAAAACGGAAGAAAAAUCAGUGAGAAGAACUACAAAAUUGAAUGGUGGAUAUGUUUGCGAUAACAGAGGAGGAUGUUCAAUUUAUAGAAAAGGCACAGGAGGUGUUUGAACAAGUCUUUACUCAGAAGAAGGAAAGGGAGAAGGACAAGUUGAAUCUGAAGUAUUAUAACUUAUUAAAUAGAUAUCUUAAGAGGAUAUUUAAGUCUUUAUUAAGGAAAUGUAGAAAGUGGAGAGAAUUUAAUUUGAGAUGGGAUAAAGAAGUAAUGCCAACUAUGGAACAUCAAUCUGAUAAAUUGUUAAUUUCAGGAGUUGAAAAAGAAUCUAUUAAUGAGAAAGAUAGUUAUUUUGAUUCUUAUUAUCUCUUGCGAUACUGAGAUCCAAAAAUGUUAUUUGAACUUUUAUCAGUUUCCAAUGAUAAUAUUGGGAUAUUCUCUCUUGGAGAAAAUCCGAUAUUAACAGAAGAGACAAAAGAAGGCAUCCGUCUCUCAACUUGAGAGGAGAUUAGAUCUUGAAUUUUUAAGUCGUAUUACUUAAUUGAGAGAAUCUACAGCAAAAAGGAAUUAUUUCAAAGUUUGAAUCUUUCAAAAGAAAAUAAUGAUUUAUCAGAUAUCGAUAUUUUUAAUCGUAAUGCUAAUGCUAGUGAAAUUGGGAGUACUUUUAAAAGCUUGGACUCUAUUAAGGAAAAUGAAAUUCUUGAAUCUUAUGGCUUAGAAAAGAUUAAAAUUCAUCAAUCCAAAGAAUUUUUGCUUGAUAAUAAGAGAAAUCCAAGGAACUUAUAACUGAUGUAAAUAUAGAAGCUGCCAGUUGCCAACAUUAUGCAAAAUGAGAUAAAGAAUCCUUCUACUACCUGCCUGAACUAGGAAUCCAACUCUGAUUCAAGCAUAACUUUCAUAUUUCUUAUAUGUUGUGUACUGAAUAUAUCCCACUCUUCAAACUAGAUCUCAGACAGACUUUAGAAAUAUUUCAUCUCCUUCAAAAUGAAGUAUUUAAAGACCCAUACUGAAGAGAUUCUGAGCUAAGUUCUAAACUUGAAGAUCUAAUUAUGAAACCAAAUUUGCUUGAGCAUCCUUUUCCUCAUGAACACUUUAUUGUCCUUCAAAAUGAAAUAUUGAUGAAUUUGACACAAUGAUAUGAGCCUUCCAGUAAAGUGAGAGAUUUUUAUAAUUUUGAAAAAAUUUUAUUAGAUCCAAUUCAAAAUCUUUGUGGUUUAGAUAUUAAAAAGCAAGCAAAUUAUUGGAUCCCAACUUCGAACUACUAUGAAAGUAAUCCUAAUUUUAUCAAGAAUAUGCUAAAAAUAGAGAUUCUCGAAGAUAUCAUGGAAAACAAGCUCCCAAAAUACUUGAGGAAGAAACAAGUUGAUUCAGAAAUAGAAGAAAUUAUAGAGUGUUUAAGAAAAGAUGAUAUUCAUAAAGAGCUUGAGUCUAAUAUAGAAAAUAUUGAAUUCAAAAUUGAUAUCAUAUCUCCACAAAAAGACAAGAAUGAUUGCUUUACAGAUAUUGCACCUAACAUGCAAAUGAGAAUAAAUUGUCAAAACAAAUCUAAAAAAGCAUGUACAAAGAAAUAUUCGGAUAUAUAUGAAGAGCCAUUUGAACCUUCUUUCGGCCCUUCUGAUUUUAUAACAAAGGAGAAGGUUCAAGAAAAGACUAACUCUAGAAAAAUUAGUCCAGAAAAAGAUUUAGCCCAAGAACCCAAAAGAGAUUUCCAACAAGGUGAAAAUAAUUAUGAUAAUAUCAAAGAUCAUUCACUUUCCAAGGUUCCGUUUGGUAAAAACGAUAAAGACUUUAACAAUGGAUUUUUAUAUUCAGAUGGUUCUGAUUCUGAAAUAGGGACAUAUAGUGAAAUUUUGAGAAGUAUUAAUGAAUAUGAAAAUCUUAAUCAUUCUUCUCUUGGCUCAGAAUCUAUAAAAUUUUCUGAAUCUAAUGCGAAAGAGGAAUGCAAGGCUCAAAACCUCGAAUAUUCUAAGGCAAAUCAUCUAAAAUACUCAGAAGAAAUUGAUUCAAUUGAAAACAAUACUGAAAGGGAUAUCAAAGACCUUAUUGGGGAAGCUGUUCAAGCAGUUUAUACGCAAAGAAAAAGAUGUUCCAUAGAAUUCGAUUACGGAUCUCUUUCUGAAUAUUUUAUAAACAAAGAGUUAUAUAAAAGGAAAUUAUGAGAUCCAAACGAUCCAUUGCUUUCUCGAUAUGACCUUUCUGAAUUUGAAGAAUUCAGAGAGUUUGCUUCAAAUACAAGGUGGGAAGAUCAAAUAUCAAUAUCCUCUCAGGAUAAAAUUAUGGCUAAAUUAGACACAGGAGAGAAUAUAGAAAAUCUUUCAUUAAUUAAAACAAGGUUAUGUGAGUUUGAGACAUUAGAAUUGGAGAUUACUGAAGAGAAAUGCGACACUGUCAGAAAUUUUUUGACCAGUUAUUUUCCUGAAAACUGUCAAUGCUUUAAACUUUCUACAACUAGUUUAAAUAAUCAAAUUAAGUUCUAUUUUUAAAGCACUAAUCGAAUUGAACUUCAGAGUCACUGAAAAAUUAGAUAUUCUCGAUUGGAAACUAAGUCAACGCCAAAUGAUGACUGUUUUUCAGGAAUUCAAGCAUAUCCGCGCUUUAAAAUUUCAGGACUGAAUAUUUGAUCUUAAAUCUGUCCCAAAAUUUAGAAGUUCUCUUGAAGGAUCAAAAGUAAAGACGAUAGAAUUGAAGGAAAAUGAAUAUGGAGAGAAUGGCUAUAAAGUUAAUCACUUAAUUGAAGGAUUAUCUCAGUCUAAUGGCUUUCUUCAAAAUUUAGACACUAUUCGUAUUUAUGGAGAGGUAAAUACUGAAGAAACAAAAAAAAUCUUGAAGGAAUAUGCUGAUACUGUACAAUUAGACAUUAAUCUUACGAACUAUUGCUCUGGUAUUGAGUAUUCUAUUAGUGAUCCUGAGUCUAUUGCCACUAGUAGUACAUAUUUUGAUUUUAGUAUUAUAGAUAUUGAACAAAAGGAACAUAUUGAACAAAUGGAACAUAUUGAAAAAAUUGAACAUAACGAUCUUAUCUCUAUUUGUCAUUAUUCUGAAUGUUAUCGUAGAUGUUGAAUUGACUCCGAUCUUAACAAUAGUUUCUGUACCGUAUAAGUGGUACUGAAUUUGAUUCGGUCUAAUAAUAUCAGCACUUAAAUUUAAAAUAGGGCUCAAGUCUAAACUAUAGUAAUCCCUAUCCUAAUUCGUAAUGGCAGCACUUUCUUGUUGAUGUACUU